CACCAACCUAACUUGAUUGCGCUUGCGGCCUUCGCACACGCAGACAGACUGAGAGUGUCAGACGACAGGCGGCGGGUGCCGGGCGGGGGCGGCAGCUAUGGCGGACGCGGGGGUGACGUCGGUGGUGGCGAAGCUGGGCGAGCUGGCGGCGGCGGAGGCGACGGCGCUGCUGCGCGUGGACGCCGAGAUCCGGGCGCUGCGCCGGAAGCUGGCCUACCUGCAGGCGCUCGUCCGCGGGGCCGACCGCCAGCGCCGCGGCCGCGCCAGCGAGCUGCUCCUGCUCUGGCUGCGGGAGACCAGGGAGGUCGCCUUCGAGGUCGAGGACGCCGUCGACGAGUUCCACCUCCGCGUCGAGGCCUUCCACCUCUGCCGCCGCCGGGGAAGUUGGUGGGGCUGGGGCUGGGGCCGCGACGCCGUCAGCCUCGUCCAGGGCCUCGUCACGCAGAUUUUUGUACGUCGUGGGCUGUCAAAACAGAUAGCUAAGAUCAAUGAAAGGAUCGAUGAACUUAAUCAGAACAAGGAAACAUAUCAAAUUGAAAGUUCUCCUUCUGAAAUUUGGAGCUCAUCAUCAGUUCAAGCAGAUCCAGAGUGGUACGAGGAUAAAUAUGUUAUGGGCUCCAGACAAGAUGAAUUUGAGAUCCUCAAGAACCGUAUCAUGAACAAAGAAGGAAACAUUUCUCACCGAGCUGUCAUCUCAAUUUUGGGGGAGCGUGGCAUUGGGAAGACCACACUUGCAAAACAGCUGUACAACGACCCAGAUAUCAUGAAACACUUUGAGGUGCAUGCUUGGGUAUGUCUUCCACAACAUAUCAGGUUCAGGGACUAUGUAGAGAUUAUGUACACGCAGGUCAGCUCACAGGUCCCAGAAGCUCCUGGUGACGAGGAAAUCAUCGAUAAGGAACUCAAGCUUUCACAGAACCUUCAGAACAGGACGUACCUAGUUGUUCUUGAUGGUUUAAUUAGCAUUAGCGACUGGAACUCAUUGUUAGACGUGCUGCCAGAUACUAAUGGCAGCUGGAUCUUAAUCACCACACAUCUAAAUGUGAAGGAAAUCAAUCACAUUGACCCACAGAUAGCUCCCAUUGAGCUUCCUUAUCUUGACAUGAAACAUGGAGAGCAGUUGUUUUGUCAACGAGUUUUUGGUGCAAGAGAACCUCCGCAAAAUUAUUGGAGCAGGGGUUACUAUGAAAAAGUUCACAAUAUAUCAACAGGUCUACCUCUCGCCAUUUCCGUUCUUGCAGGAGUUUUACGAUCAAAGGCGAUUCCCAUGGAGUGGGACGAUGUCUUUGAACAACUUGAGUCCAAUGGCCAGCCAAAACCAGUUAGAAGCAUAUGGUCUUUGGCUUUUGAUGACUUGCCGCACUACCUUAAGUCAUGUUUCCUCUACUUUGCAUCCGUGUCAGAAAAUGUUAUUCUUUACCCAGAUCGUUUGGUGCGUCUUUGGAUUGCUGAGGGUUUUAUAGUGCCAAAGAAGGCAGAAACUCUGGAGGAUGUUGGGUUUGACUAUCUGAAAGAGCUGGUCUCAAGAGGGUUAGUCCAGGUCAUGGAGAAGGAUGCUGGAGGAUGCAUCAAGCUAGUAUCCAUUCACAAUCUGCUCCAUGCCUUUAUGGAGUCUGAAGCACAAGACUCUUGUUUCCUUGAAAUCCACCAUCAAGCUAAUGUUGUAAAUCCAAACACAGUCCGGCGCCUUGCCAUACAGAAUUAUGUGGAUGCAUAUGUCCACAUUCCUAAUGCGUUCCCCAAGCUGCGCUCUCUUCUCUGUGAUUUUGCAGAAGACCAACGCAGCAGCUCAAGCUUUGGAGAGCUGCAACCUCAGUCAUUAUGGGGCAACCUUGCGGAGUUGUGCUCGAGAGCCUGUAGCAUUUCAGAGAAUGUUGGCUCAAAUACAUUAUAUGGACUCCACUUCUUACAGGGCUCCAGAUUCCUCCGAGUCAUCGACCUGAAUGGUCUUAAGAUGCAAAAGCUGCCAGAUGAGAUUGGAAGCAUAAUCCACUUGAGGUACCUUGGCAUUAGGAACAGCAACUUGGAGGAGCUCCCCUCAUCCAUGUAUAAGCUUGACAAUCUCCAGACACUGGACGUAAGGAGAACAAAUGUGGGGAAAACUGUAGAUGAAUUUUGGGGAAUUGAAGCGCUACGGCAUGUGCUUGCUGAGAAAAUGCUUUUGCCUAAUUGUUCGGUUCCCUUGAAUAAUUUGAUGACACUCAAUGGUGUGGUGCCUUCUGAUUUUUGGGAUGAGAAGAAGUGCCCCUUGAACAAUAUGAUCUAUCUCCGAUCACUGUCUUUGUCUGGCAUUUCAGUACCCCAUAUUACUGCACUUUCAGCUGCUCUGAGGAAAAUGGAAUUCCUUGUAUACCUAAAUUUAUCAGGUGAAGUCCUUCCAACUAACAUGUUCACUACCUCAAGCAUGCGCCGUCUCCAGGUCCUCAUCCUGCAUGGUAAGCUAGAAGGAAUAAAUGAUUUGCUGGGCGACCGCUAUGUCCUACCAAACCUUACCGUUCUCCAUUUGCAUAAAUCAGAACUGUCACAGCAGUUUGUGGACAAACUUUCUCUACUGCCACGCCUUGCUGAGAUGGAGCUCUUAGUUGUUUCAUGCAUUGAGACAACACUGUUCUUCCAUGACGGAUUCCCGAGCCUCACAAAACUGAAGCUUAAGGAAGUGUCGACCUUACAGGAGCUAGUGAUAGGCAAAAGGGCGAUGCCAAUGCUUUCCAUCUUAGCCAUGUAUGAUUGUGACAGCUUAAGGACCCUUAAGGCCUUGAAUGGCUUGGAACACAUCCAAGAAGUGGCAGUCUACAAUAUGCCAGAGAUUGUCGAUAAUAUAAAGCUUGAGGAUGAGAAGCUUUUCGGCAAGAUCAAACGCCUGACUACCCCCACGAUGGUAACAGACCGAGGAGUUGUUCCCGGUCAUUUAGUCAGAAGGGCACGCAUACCGCAUGAACAAUGCGACGCGGUGGCUUCUGAAUCAUGUUUCAGCGUCAUGGAGGGUGCUGGUCCUGGUGUAGGGAAAGCAGCAGACGACAUUCAAGUACAUUGAGGUCCUCGUGUGUGGAGUGGAUUAGGUCAUCAUCGGAGUAGCAUGUUUACAUAUCGAUGCAGCAGAAGCAACCACAAGUUCUGUACAGAAUCAAGAGGUACAACCUGCAGGCUCUUCAAGGUUUCCGUCCGCCCAGAAUGUACCUGCUGCCUCCUUAGAAAACCUCGACUCACCACCUGUAAAUCUGUAACAAGCUCAGAAGCACCUUCAGGUGCUCCACAAGGUACUGAACCAGGUGAGAGAGAGGUGAGGCAGUCCCUACUGAACAAAGGUUCACCCCCACCAUGCAAUCAGUUUCUUGUUGGUACGGACUUUUGAUGCACCUUGCUGAAACAUUUUCGAUCAUCAACGACUUCCGGUACAAUGUAGUUUACUA